AGGGCUUAGCGCAGGGCUGGGGCUCCGCUAUAAAUCGAGGCAAGGGGCUGAGCCAGCGCAGAGCUCUGCUUCACCGCUGCAGCGCUGUGCCCCACGCCGGACCCCUCGCUCGGCCCACCCUGCCCGCGCAUCCUCGUCCACCCGGUUCCUCACCAUGCCUGAGUGCUGGGAUGGGGAACAUGACAUUGAGACCUCCUAUGGGCUGCUGCAUGUGGUCAUCCGGGGUUCACCCAAAGGGAAUCGUCCAGCCAUCCUGACAUACCAUGAUGUGGGCCUCAACCACAAGCUUUGCUUCAACACCUUCUUCAACUACGAGGACAUGCAGGAGAUUACAAAGCACUUUGUGGUGUGCCAUGUGGAUGCGCCGGGCCAGCAGGCAGGAGCCUCGCAGUUCCCUCAGGGGUACCAAUAUCCAUCCAUGGACCAGCUGGCUGCCAUGUUACCCAGCGUGGUGCAGCAUUUUGGGUUCAAGUACGUGAUCGGUAUCGGUGUUGGGGCAGGAGCCUACGUGCUGGCCAAGUUUGCGCUUAUCUUUCCUGACCUGGUUGAAGGAUUGGUCCUCAUGAACAUUGACCCCAAUGGCAAAGGCUGGAUUGACUGGGCAGCUGCCAAGCUCUCUGGCCUCACCAGCACGCUGCCGGACACUGUCCUGUCUCACCUCUUCAGCCAGGAAGAGCUGAUGAACAACACAGAGCUGGUGCAGAGUUAUCGGCAGCAGAUCGGCAGCGUGGUGAACCAGUUCAAUCUCCAGCUCUUCCUCAACAUGUACAACAGCCGCAGGGACCUAGACAUCAACCGGCCUGGGACUGUGCCCAAUGCCAAGACGCUGCGCUGCCCUGUGAUGCUAGUGGUUGGAGACAAUGCACCUGCUGAAGAGGGGGUGGUGGAGUGUAACUCCAAGCUGGAUCCUACCAACACCACAUUCCUGAAGAUGGCUGACUCCGGUGGGCUGCCCCAGGUCACACAGCCCGGCAAGCUGACCGAAGCCUUCAAGUACUUCCUGCAAGGCAUGGGCUACAUCACCCACCUGAAGGAUCGGAGGUUGAGCGGAGGCACAGUGCCAUCUGCCAGCAUGACUCGCCUGGCACGCUCCCGCACGGCCUCCCUCACCAGCGCCAGCUCAGUGGAUGGCACCCGUCCACGUGCCUGCACCCACUCAGAGAGCGCCGAGGCCAUGGGGCAGAUCAACCACACCAUGGAGGUAUCGUGCUGAAGUCCACGCCCACCGCCGACGUCUCCUCCAGAGCCAUCUCACAUCCGUCAGCAUCCCGCCAGCACUCACCCGCCUCAUGGAUGUCCUCCACCAGGACCCUCGUUCCUUCAGGGUUGAUUUGUCCUCUUUGCUGUUGGCCUCAUCCCCUUGUCUGGUACCGGAGAAGGAGAGGGGCUUGCUUCACUGCCUUCUGGCAUCAGCUCCUGGCUUUGCCCUGCAGUCACACAUGGUUCUGCAUUGGUCCUCUCCCUCCCUAGCAUUGGCUUGGCCCUGGCUUGGGAGGGUGGGUGGCAGGGGGACAGGGCCAGAAUGGGGGGGCAGGAUGGUGGGAUGGGGACAGCAUGGUGGGAUGGGGCAGGGCAGCAGGCUGUGGACAGAACAGCAGGACGUGGAGAAGAUGCAGGAAGUAGGUUGGUCUCCCAAGGUCAACAAAGGCUGGCCAAGCCAGACCAAAGAUAGGGACAGGGAGCAGCACUCACUGGGAGGUCACUGGGUCCUUCCUGGGGAUGCAGCUCCCAUUUCUCCUAGCCAGUCCUCCCUAGGGAGAGCUAGCAUGGGAUUCCCUGCACACCCAGGACCUGCUGCCCUGGAGCUGGCUGAGCAUUGUGAGAAAUCGCACCCAAAACUGUCCCCUCACCCCAGUCAUGUAACCUGAGGGCUGCCCCGGGGCAAGGGGAGAGGGCUCAGCCCUGCUGCAGGAGCCAUUGAGGCAGGAGGGUGGAAUGGGGGGGUCUCACUGCUCCUGCCCAUGCCCUUGCCCGUGGUGGCUCUUCUUUGGUCCCUUUUUGCAAGAAGGACAAUCAGCACCUGCCACCAAAAACACACCACGGGGAAGGGGGCUGUGUGCCAUGGCUUAUUUAGUCCCUGCCACACCGGUGGUUUCACUCCCAGCUCUUGGGCUGAGGCUGCCAGGCUCAGAGGCCACUGGAUUUGGGUAUGUUGCAUGGCAGGUCCCCCCUCCGUUUUUGCCACAGCCUGUGGGUGUCACCAUAGUGGAGCCAUUAGCAAUAAGAUGAGACACUCCCCACCCCACCGCAAUGCUGGGGAUCCCUCAGCACCCUCUGCCCCACAGGGUGCAUCAUGCAACAUGCUGGCAGUGUGGGGUGGCCCAUGGGAUGUGGGGAGCACCACAGUAUCUGGCUUUGCCCACAGACCUGGUCAGACCCACUGUGGCCCCCCAAAUUCACACUCCCAUGCCCAGCAUCUCGCCUGCACACUGAGCGGGCUAUCUCUCAAGGGCUUGGCUCCCCCCGAGCCAUGGGGCCCCUCUGGCCACCAGCUCUGGCUGAAUCCAACAUGGAGAGCCACUUCAUCAUGUAACCCCACCAUCAGCCACCCAGCCUCUGCUGGCAUCCCUGGCCCACCCCAUGGGCAGCAGAGCCCAGCUUCUCCUGCACCCAGGGUAAGUGAGCCCCAGGCUCUGGCAAUGGGUGUUCAGGUCUUUGCGAGUGGUCCAUGGGGAACCUGAACAGGGAUCUGUAGGGGACCCAUCAGGUGACACCAUCUAGGCGAGCAGAACCAGCCUGAUGGAGGCAUGUCCCACCUAGCCCCCCAAAAGCACUUGCCCCGCAGACCCCAUCCCUGCUCCCUAGCGAGGGGCACAGGGGUCCCAGGGCUCCCAGUGGAUGUACAAGGGCUUUUGGCCCUGACACCUGUACCCUGCCCAGCCUCUCCCGAAACACCAGUGUCCCCCUCUUUGUUCUGCUGUGUGCUUCCUUCCCAGUGUAACUUUCAAAGCUAUGUAGCUCCUUUUUACUGUAGAUACCGCUGUGAUCUCUUGUUUUCUCAGCGUGUCCUUCCAGAUGAUAUAUAUAAAUACCUAUACAUAAUAUAUGUAAGAGUUUGUCCAGUCCCUGACUUUUUUGGGUUCAUUUCUUCUUGCAUUCUUGUCCAAGCGGUGCCAUGUGGUUCCCCUGGAGGUGGUCUGGCUGUGCUUGCUUUUGGACCCUAACCUUGUUUUUGUUGGUGGGUUUGGUUUUCCCUGAUGGUUUGUUCUUUUGAUUUGUGUUGCUUUCCUUUCUUCUCGGUCACAGCAGAAUUUAAUGCAUUUUCCUGUCUGAGCGCAACCUGAUUUUGUCAUAGCGGCGUCAAGGCUGCAGCAGUCAUGAGAUGGCAAUAUGUAAACUGGAUUUAACUAACCUGUUGUUGUAGAGAGAAUUUACUGUGUUGGAAAAAAACAACAAACUAAUAAAGUGUUAAGAACCUGC